AUGCCUUCAACUAUUGGCCUCGCUGUGUCAGUCUCGAUUUUUGCAACUAGCAUUCUUUCGCACCCGCUCUUUCAUGGGCAAGUCAUCCCAAGAGCAGAAGAUCUUCUGCCUGAAUACGAUUAUGUGGUUGUCGGUGCAGGUGCAUCGGGUCUGACUGUCGCCAACCGUCUAUCUGAAAACAAGAACGUAAAUGUUCUCGUCAUCGAGGCUGGCGACUUUGACCAGAAUGAAGACUACAUGACUAUUCCAGGUCUUGCUGGUGGCUCCGUAGGCACAAAGUAUGACUGGAACUUUACAUACGCCCCCAAUCCGAAUCUAAACAACCGUGCCAUUCCUUUGGGUCAAGGCAAAGUUGUGGGCGGGGGUACUAAGCUUAACGCUAUGACGUUUGAUCGUGGCUCGCAAUCCGACUACGACACAUGGGAGGCAUUGGGUGCUAAAGGAUGGAACUGUAAAAGCCUUCUACCCUACUUCAAGAAGUCGGAGACGUUCACCACCGCGACGUCUGCAAUCCGGGCUGAAUACAACAUUAAGGUGGACCUUAACAACCGUGGUAGCAACGGUCCUAUUCAGCUAACCUUCCCUCCUUUUUCUGGCCGACUACGAUACUUCAUAAAUGCCACCAAAGAACUCAGUAUCCCAAUCAGCGAUGACUCCAGCGGAAGAGCUUUGGGUGGUUACUACUGCCCCAAAAACCAAGACCCCAAGACUCAAGCACGCUCGUCUGCACAAGAAGCCUAUUACGUACCCGCUAAGCCGAGGUCUAACUACCACCUCUUAGCUGGUAAUCAGGUCACACAAGUCAUCACAUCAAAGACAAAUGGCUUACCUAAGGUCACUGGCGUCAAGUUUGCUCCUUCUGCCAACGCACCUGUCCAGCAAGCCAAGGCUAAGAAGGAAGUUAUUCUUGCUGCUGGCGCACUCCGCACACCUCAUCUAUUACAGAUCUCUGGUAUCGGCGAUGCGUCUCUACUGGCUUCCAUCAACGUCCCGACAGUUGUUAACCUUCCAGCUGUUGGACACAACCUGCACGACCAUGCUUCUGUUUUCAUGUCCUUUGCAAUAAAUACCGAUCUGCCUACCAGCCCAAUGUUAAAAUCAAACGCUACAUUUGCAGCCGAAGCCCGAAGGCAAUACGACACCUCAAGAUCCGGCCCACUGACAAACCCACAUGGCGAAUUCCUUCUUUUCCUCCCUCUCUCCACUCUCUCAAACAACACAAAAGCUCUCGUUUCACAAACCGCUGCGAACGGCCCGUCUGCAUCACUUCCACAAAACGUGCCUGCUGAAGUCGCCCGGGGUUAUGCAGCCCAGUUUGCCGCUCUUAACAAGAAGAUGCACCCCUUCUCACGCGGACAGGUUAUAGCGCCAUCGUCGAGUGCAUUCGAUUACCCCAUCGCCGACCCCGGUGUCUACCGAAACAACAUCGACAGAGCAAUUAUGCAUGAGAGCGUCUCUUUUACCCGAAAGAUCAUGGCUACAGCGAGCAUGGGCGGACUCAAGCCAACUGAAGCCGUUCCCGGUGCAUCUGCCGAUGUCGACGCUUGGAUCCGCAGUACCACAAUAUGCAUCUACCACCCCGCGGGCACAGCCAAGAUUGGACCUAGGGAGGACGGCGGCGUUGUUGACAAGAAUCUCAAGGUCUAUGGUGUUCAGGGCUUGAGGGUUGUGGACGCAAGCGUCAUGCCUAUGGUGCCGGCUGCCCACAUCAUGGCUACCGUGUAUGCUGUAGCUGAAAGGGCUGCUGAUAUAAUCAAGGGUGGCAAGUAG